AUGACUUUCAGCCUGGGGCGGUGCAGGAGCAGUAUAAAAGCAGGCCCUUCUCCUCACUCUCUCAUCCACUCCUCUCCCCUCCAUCUCCUUGAGAACAAGCCCUGUGGCCCGACCCCACUGGCCAACAGCUGCAAUGAGCCCUGUGUCAGGCAGUGCCAGGACUCCACCGUCGUCAUCCAGCCCUCCCCCGUGGUGGUGACCCUGCCCGGACCCAUCCUCAGCUCCUUCCCACAGAGCACUGCCGUGGGAUCCUCCACCUCCGCUGCCGUUGGCAGCAUCCUCAGCUCUGCGGGAGUGCCCAUCUCCUCCGGGGGCUUUGGCCUCUCCGGCCUCUCUGGCUUGGGCAGCCGCCCCUGCGGCACAAGGUGCCUCCCCUGCUAA